UUGUCAACCAAGAAAACCUCUCGUUGAUCCCUCUCUUAAUGUUCUUCUUUCUUAGAAGAUUAAUUCAAAGUCAUUAACUUUUUAAAAUAUGGGUGACAUCAUCGGUCACAACGAUAGGGAGAUAUGGUUACCCUCUCAUCUUCUCCAAGAUCCCUUGUUUGAUCAUUCCAACAAGCAUCAGAAUUCCCUCAAGAACCAUAACUACCACCACCAUGGCAGCGGUGGAUUCCUCCCACCCUGUGCACCUCCUCUCAGAAAAACGUUUCCUUGGAACUAUAAUACAAGAAAACAGCAGCAAAACAGUUGGCAAAUGAGUAAAGGAGAAGACCGAAUGCAAGCAUUUUUCUUGGUUCCGCCGGGCCGCACAACUUCUGGCACCGGAGUUUUUCUUCCGACCACAGCUUCUCAUCCAUCAAACAAAAAACCAGCUUGUUCGCCGGUGUUUCUCCCCGCGCGUGUUGUUCAAGCGCUCAAUCUCAACGUUCACAACAACGGUGUUCUUCUUUCUCCCCGUUCAGGAAAUCAAGAAAAUGAUUCGAGGAAGAAGAGUGAGCUGGUUGAAACACCUACGAACACUGAAGUCGAAACUCCGACUGAUCCGCCGGAGAAACUUCUCCCGGAGGAAUGGAUCUAUUGAUGGGCACACCAUGCAUUGACCAAUGUUACAUAUUAUUGUGAAUUAGUAGAAUCAAAUAAAAAUGAAUAAGGAAGAUUGUAAUGUCGAUUCUUGUGUCGUGUAUGCUUGCCAUUGGGUUAGUGUAAUAUACCCAAAUAAAAUCCACCCGUUUGUGACUUGUAUAUAAAGAAAGUUAUCUAUUACAGUAAUAAAUUAAUAAGAAAAUUAGCAUACAUUGCUAAUUUUCUCUCAUCAA